AUGGGCAGCCUUCCCAAUCGGCCUAAUCACGAGCAAGUCUGUUGGUCAGUCAUCGAUGCCACUGGGCAGCCAAUGCCUGCAAUUGACACCAACAAGGAAGAUCGAAGCCAUGAGGCCGAAGCUUAUCGCAAACUCAUUCCCCCCAUCGAUCAGCCUGGGUAUAGCCCAAGGCACGAGGCCCUGUCGCCUCAUCCAAUAUUAACCGAUUCGAAGUUUAUUCUGGAUGUGGAGUGUUUUCACGGCGCGCUCGUCAAGGCUGUCGUGAAUAUUGUCGAUCGAUGGUGGACAGACACUAAUGCCGAUUUUCCGGCCAGAAUGCCCCUGGAAGCUCCCGUGGAAGCAGCGCUACAGUGGCUAGAUGAACAAAGUCGGAGUCAAAAGUUGCCGCCGUUCAAAGACCGUCUCGGAAACUGGAGACCUGAUUUUCUUGUUACUGAAAAUGACAGCGCCAUGGGUCUUGAAUUUCAAAUUUGUGAGAUCAACAGCCGCACGCCCGACAAUGUAGUCGUCCACAGCGCACACAAACACCGUAUUAUGCGCCAGUUAAUAAGGUCGAGCCCUGCCCUGAAACCAGCAGGCGACUUCGACAAUUGGGUAGAAAACUUACUCGGUUUGUUUCGGAUAGACCUACCGGUCCAUAUUCUCCGAGAAAGAGAUCAACUCGAUCGACAGGAAUUCGUGAAGACGGUGAAACUUGGAACUGGAUUCUGCCCCCGAAUUGUGAAUAUAGACGAUCUACAGCUGAGAUCCGACAAGACUUCUGUCACGGGCUAUUCUCUCUAUUACCGAGGACAGGACCCGCUUGAAAAGAUUCAUCAAAUAGUCUCGACGUUAUUCCCGGAUGAGUUCAGUCUUCUUUCACAAGAUAUGCUUCGGCAGCUGGCGACGGUGGCUGUGAACGAUCUGAGAAUAUCACUACUAGUGAACGACCAACGAUUCCUAGGCAUUAUUUUACAAGAGCUCGACGCGCUUGUGAAUAAACACAAUAUCCUGAACGCAGACCAAGCCAAAACCCUCCAAGAAGGCAUAGUCCCCACACUCCUACCAGGAUCCCCAGAACUCAAGAACUGGAUGCGGACCUACAAACAAAGCGAAGUGAGCAAAGACGACUACAUCCUCAAAGCAGCUCGCCAAAGUCGCGGUAAGGGUCAUCUCCUCGGAGCGGACUUAUCUCCGCAAGAAUGGGCGGCUAUCAUGCUGGAUAUGCAAGAUCCGAGCAUCCGACCAGACGUUACAUCCUACGUGCUCCAGCCAUUUGCACGACAAGUUGAAUUCGAUCUCAUCGGCGACGAGGAUCAAAUUGCCCAUGGGAGUCUGAUGGUUGGCUGUUAUUAUACUACCAAUGGUUGUUUUCUUGGCCUUGGGCCCUGGCGCUCAAGUACGGGCAAGAUCUGUAAUGUCUAUAGCGGCGGUGUGUGUGUGGGACUGUAUUCUGUUACUCAGGCGGGUGUGAAUGGGCAAUAG